GAUAUUCCGGAGAGGAAAUAAAAGUGGUACCGAGGACUGAUAAAGAUUCUUAUAAAUACUUGGGGAAGAGACAUCGUGCAUGGAUUCGAAAGUUUUGGCAAUCUCAAUAAAUCUACGUUAUUCCAGUCUUAAGCUUCAACAUGAAGUCUCUCAAUGUUGUUUAUUUUCUUCUCGGGUCAAGAGCUGUUUCGGCGCUUCCCACGAUAGAUGCCAAAUCUUCCUUCAGUUGGGAUGAUACUGAGUACUUGUGAGUGAAGUCAAAUAUCUCUGAAUCGGAAUUUCGGGUUCACCGCUUGAAGCAGCGGAGGAAGUCAUCUUUACGAGGAACCACAAUGACUUAGAUCUAAGCUCUAACCAAAAUUUCAUGAUAGUCUCGCAUUCGGUGAUUCGUACACCUAUGUGCAAGGAACAUAUGGAUUACAAAACUACUCCUUCAUCGGGGACCUUGCAAAUUUCUCAUACACUCCCGCUCAAAUCUUGAGUAAUCAGAUCGUCCAAAACCAGGUAUUUAUCCCGUGUAUUUAAACGUUGUAUAAAAAAUUAACGUUGGGAAUCAGCUUGGAACGUCUGCGGGAGGGCCAAAUUGGGUAGAAUACCUCACAUCAUGUUUCUCCGGGCACCCAUCAAAAUGCACGAAACAAUUAUGGGAUUUCGCCUUUGCUGGCUCAGAUGUCUCUGAAACUUAGUAAGUUCCUCUCAAUUAAUUCGGGAGUUUACUAAUUCCAAAUAGUACGAAGUUACACCAUAAUUACACGGUUUCUCUCGAGAACCAAAUAUUACAAUGGUCAACUUAUGCACUCCCAGUCGUGCCAAUGGAUCCAUCCAAAACAUUAGUUACCGUCUUUAUAGGAAUAAACGAUAUCGGCGACACCGAUUCCUACACCUUUCCAUCGUAUAACUCGACGGACUACCCCUCCCUCUACACACAUAUCAUCUCGGCCGAAUUUGCAGCCAUUGAAACUAUUUAUAAAGCUGGAUUCCGCAAUUACCUUUUUAUGAACUUACCACCUUUGCAACGUACCGUAGGUUCUCAUAGUCCUAGUGGUAUCUAUUUUGAUCAUGUUGCUAACAUAUACUUCUUCAAGCCACCCAACCUUAUCCGUGCAGGCGGCCCUCGUCCAAAUAUCACCAUGCUCACCUCUUAUAAUAGCAUCCUUAAUGCUACUGCUCUCAACUUUGCAGCCACACAUGCGGGAACUAAGGCUAUGGUUUUUGAUACCUUUUCUUUCCUCUCUUCUGUGCUUGAUGAUCCGGCUCCUUAUAAUAUUAAAAACAUCACAAACUACUGCCCUAGAUAUGAUGCACCUGAUAUUGCGAGUAAGUUCUACACCUUUUUUGAUUUCUCGAGGCAGGGGCAGAGAACAAACAAAAGAAAAUGGAGUGGAAUAGAUAACGAUAGAAAUCAAAAUAAGAGAGGAAUUACCCUAGCUAACAGCAAAUCAGCAAACUACGCAGCCUACGGGUGUCAACCAAUCCCAGAAUAUUUCUGGUACAACACCGGACAUAUCACCUACCAUACACACGAGAUAUUGGCGAAGGAAGUUGGGAAGUUCUUGGAGGGGCAAAGUUAUUGAUGAUUUGAUGUUUUUAAUUUUUGUUAUCAAUGUAUUGAGUGAAAUGGAAGAGAUAAUGGUCACGCAUCCAUUCUUGCAUCGUUUUAAUCUAUGCCAUCUUCUCUUGUCAGUGUUGUUCGGUACCAUGCUACUUCUAUACGUCAAACUACUUGAUCCUAAUUUUACCACCUUAUUAAUAUUUUUCCCUCUGUGUAUACACACCAAGAGCAUUCAAAGAUAAUCUAAGUACGGCAUCGAGCUUAACC